UACUUCCGGUAAGAUGUCAAGUAAAUUUAUAGGCUGACACCAGCACUUUCAGUCUAAAUCAGUUCCAUUGCGCAAGGAAGAAAACACAAACAAAUAUGUCUAACACUAUUCUUGGAUUAAAACCUUUACAGUUUGUCCAUAUUUUGGAUUUGAACUCAAACAUCACCAGACUUGAAGUUGGACCUCAGACUGUACCACUGAAAACAAAUGAGACGCUGGUGACCCAGCCCUUACCUAUGGUCAUUGUAAAACCUGGCUAUUACUGUAUUAUCAAAGAUCCUUGCAGCAAUUAUAUACCAGGUGAAGCAAGUGAGCUGAAAAUAGGACAAACUGCAGUCAAGUUUAAUGCAGAUUCUCCUUUUCCCUUGUACCCAGGGGAAACUCUUCUCCAUGCACCUGACUUCCUGAGGAAUAGGCCAGACUACAGCAUAGCUAUCAAACCUCUACCUGUCAUUCAGGCCAAUCAUGCAAUACGAUUGGUCGCUAACGUUGACUUUGAGGAUGUCCAUGGAAAACACCAGGCUGGAGAUAAAUGGCAACUGGAGGGACCUGUGACCUACCGACCCCAGCCAGAGGCAGAAGUUGAAGGCAUCAUCAAACCUGUUGUAAUUAGGCAGGGAGAGUCAUUGAAAUUAAAAGCAACUCAGGAAUUCACAGAUCGAUUUGGAAAGAAACGAGUUACUGGGGAGGAAUGGAUGAUCAACAAACCAGGAGCAUACCUCCCUGAUGUUUAUGAAGAGGUGGUUUCUGUACAGAACUGCAUCACUCUGACCCCAAACAAUGGAAUUUUCCUGCAGGCGUUACAAACAAUGGUGGACAGCCAAGGAAUUAAAAGAAUGGCCGGAGAGCAGUGGUUGUUGACUGGUGCUGAGGCUGAUCAUUAUUUUCCAGAAAUUGGUGUGGAAGUGACAUCAGCAGAGACCAUCAAGGUUUUGUGGAGAGGACAGUAUUGUGUCAUUAAAGACGUGGUAGACAAAAAGGGAAAGCCACAGUUGAGCAAACGAGAACUCAGAGUGGGGCCCUGCAGCUUCUUCCUUCACCCAGGGGAGAGUUUGGAGAAAGGAGUCCAAAAUGUCCACAUUCUAGGAGAAGAUGACGCCAUUGUUCUACAGGCGGAGGAAGAAUACAGAGAUCUCAUGUUCAAAGGUAAGAGGAGGAGCCCUGGAGAUGUGUGGAUGCUGAGGGGACCCCUGGAGUACAUACCCCCCAUAGAAGUCAGGGUCAUCAAAACUAGAACCAAGAUUCCUUUGAGUAAGAAUGAAGGAAUUUACAUCAAAGACUUACAGACAGGAAAGGUGAGAGCAGAAAUGGGACCUAAAUCCUACAUGUUGUCAGAGUUUGAGGAGCUGUGGGAAAAGGACCUACCCGCAGUUACUGAAGAAUUACUCAAACAAGGAGGUGGCUUAGGGACAGGAGAUAUAAGAAAGAUGGCUUAUUUUGAACAGUCUAUUGAUCCCCAUGUACUAGCGGGAAGAAACAAGACAAGGGUCGUGACCUACCGUUGCCCUGGUAACACAGCUGUUCAGGUGUAUAAUUACCUGGAGAAGACUGCUAGAGUGGUGUUUGGUCCAGAUCUAGUCAUUCUGGGGCCACACGAGAAUUUCAACGUGCUCAGUCUCAGUGCUGGAAAACCAAAGAAGUCCAAUUCUUUGAAGUCUUUGUGCCUUAUGUUGGGUCCGGAUUUUAUAACAGACAUAUUAGAGGUUGAAACAUCAGACCAUGCACGUUUGAGAAUCCAAGUGGCUUUCAACAAUCAUUUUGAGUAUGACCUUGAUGGUCCAGAAGAGGAGAAAUGCAAAUUGUUUGCUGUGCCAGAUUUCAUUGGGUUUGCUUCCAAACAAAUGGGCGCUCGUAUUAGAGCUGCAGUGGCUCAGGUCACAUUUGAUGAUUUUCAUCGACAUUCCAAUCAAGUGCUCACCACUGCAGUAUUUGGUCUUAAUGCCAAAGGUCAGAUGAAUAACGAAGUCAGAUUUCCAGAAAAUAACCUGGUUCUGAGUAGUAUGGACAUCCAGAGCAUAGAACCAGUGGACGUGAAGAUGAGAGACAGUCUCAGUAAAUCUGUACAACUCGCCAUAGAGAUCUCCACAAACUCCAUUGAGGCAGCAGCAUCACACGAGGCAGCUAGAAAUGAACAGAUAGCUCGGGGUGAAUUAGAGCGACAAAAACUGUACAACGAAAAAGAAGCAGAGAAGGAAAGGACCAAACUGCUGGAGCUCCAGGCAAUCACUGCUGCUGUCGAGUCCACGGGGCAGGCCAAGGCAGAGGCUCAGGCUCAGGCCGAGAGGAUCAUCAUCGAGUGUGAGAGCGAGAUCGAAGCUGCCAGAUUGAGGGCAGAGGCAGCAGAAAUUGAACACAAUGCACAGCUAGCUGCUCAGGAAUCUGCAAGGAAUCAGGAGUUACAAUACACCAGGAACAUGAAUGAACUAGAGGUUCACAAAGAGAAGGAAAUGGCUAAUAUUGAGGUGAAGAGAUUUGGUGAUAUGAUCUCAUCAAUAGGUGCAAAUGUACUGAAGGCCAUAGCAACAGCAGGCCCAGCCAAUCAGGUAAAUCUGUUGAAAGCUCUUGGAAUGGAGAGUGUUUUGAUCACCGACGGUAACAGUCCCAUCAAUCUCUUCAACACAGCCAAUGGAAUUGUGGGUGAAAAUAACUAGUAUGUGAUUCAACGGAGUGGAUCUACAUGUAACUCGGAGUCUAGGUUCUUAUCAAGAUGUUUAGUUUUGCUGUAUGAUUGAAGUGAUAAAUCAUUACAAAUACAUUUUGUACAUUGUAUGCAAAUCAUUUGUGCAAUUUUACAAUUAUCUCUUUGGAAGUGUGUUUGCUUGCUUACUUAAUGUAACAUGUACCACAAUCAAUGAGUAGACAUUUUGUAGUGUAGUAGUUUUUUUCUUCCUUUUUUGAAUUAUUGCUGUACAAUGACUUGAAAUAUUUUUAACAAAAGGGUAAUAUGAGUACAUUUUUUCUUCAUUUGAAAGUACAUUUUGAUAUAUGUGUAUAUGAAAAGUAUAUUUGCAUGUCAGUUACCUUGCAUCGAUUUCCCAUUUUAUAUGCAACAUACUCUUAAUACUAAGUUUACUUUUUUGAUUAUGCAUAUUUUCCAAAUAUACAAUGUAAAUGCACACUUUUUUGUCAUUAUGAACCUCGUACCUUCUACAUUUCCAAUAGAAAAUGUGUUUCCAUUUUUAAAACUGUGAUACAAUGUACUUUGUAAAUGACCUUUAUCUAACAAAAUAUUUUAUAUAAGAAAAUAUACGUUACAUUUUGAAUACAUACAUGUAAGCAUGUAUACCUUUGUCUUUGAUGUUUGUUAUUUUUCUGCUUAUACAAAUGCAGAUGCAUGUACCAUAUCUGACAUGUCAAUCUUCUAAUUUGUCCACCUUAGAUGUAACUGUGAUACGUCAUAUACAUAUUCAGCCCGGUCCUGGAUAGCUAUACUACAUAUUCAGAAUAUUCUCAGAACUGGUUUCUAUUAUGGUUAUAACAUUUGUAUAUAUUCCUUUACCGAUUCCUUUUCUUUGUUGAUUAUAAUUUAUCAAAUUUAUUAAAGAUCAUAGAAGUUUU